CAUUCUCACCCUGGUGAUAGGAGGAGGGACAGAGAGGGAAGAUUUUGCAGCGAUCAUCGACUUGGAGAACGGCGCAGUCGCCUAGGAACGAACCAAAAGCCGACUUUCUCUCUCUCUCUCUCUCUCUUUUCUCUCUUUCUCUAUUCCCGGGUAGAAGCGUCGCUAGCUUCGCGAACUACCACCAUCAACUGCCACCGGUAGCGGUAGCAGUGGAGGCGGUGGCGGACGCACCACCACCACCACCAGCACUCCAUCAAUAUCACCAUCGGCCCAUCACCAUCGGCCCAUCACCAUCGGCCCAUCACCAUCGGCCCAUCACCAUCGCCCCAUCACCAACAAGGAAAAGCAGUGGUCGUCGUCGCGUGUCCCGCUUUACCACCUCCUCUUCUAUUCGGCGGCUGCUCCGCCGAUGCCGCAGUACCGACUGCUUGCCGCGGAAGGUGGAAACCUGUGUAAUGCAACUCUAUACGUAUAUAGAUUUUCAAUUAGUCAAGUGGGCUGACCAAUAAGGAAGAAAAUUAUGUGCUACCCCGAAGGAGGAAGAAACACUUAAAGUCUUUUAUUGACGAUCCUCCGUGUUCCAUCCAAAUUCAGGAGAACUGGAAUCGAUCCGAGAAGGUGCCCGAGAAGGUGCCCGAGAAAGUGCCUCAUCUAGACGCUAAUGUCCUCGAAAAGAAUAAGAAAAGACGAAAAAGGGAAAGGCCACCUUGGAGCCAUGGAAAGAGUAAGAGUAUCGUGAAAGAUUAUUUUGUGGAAAAGUCCAUGAUCGGUUUAACGAUUCACCGACCUGGAGAACGAGAACCACUCGCGAGAGGAUGCUGCGCUACGUGGACUCGUUUCGCACGGUCCUACCCUCGAGAUUCAUUCUUCUCUCCCUAUUACACAUUUAUUCAGAUAUAACAGCCCUUCGUAUGACGACGCUACAGAUACCGCAACACGUAGUUUUCAACGAAACCAUUCGUAUGCAGUGCAACUUUAGUCUGGACAACGAGCUGCUGUAUUCGGUGAAGUGGUACAAAGAUGGUCACGAAUUUUAUCGAUACGUUCCAAAGGACGAGCCAAUGGUACAAAUAUUUCCCGUCGCCGGCGUAAAUGUGAACGCGCAUCAUUCGACGGAAAGAUCCGUCGUUUUAAACAAUGUGGAUCUUUCCAGUUCCGGAAGGUAUCGAUGCGAGGUGUCGGCCGAAGCGCCAGCUUUUCAAACCGUUUCCGAGCAUGCCGACAUGACGGUAGUCGUCCUACCGAAUGAAGGUCCACUAAUAUCAGGUGGUCGAUCGAGAUAUCAGGUCGGCGACGUUGUCCGUCUAAAUUGUACAUCCGCGCCCUCGAAGCCAGCUGCUUUAUUGACGUGGUUCAUUAACGGCGAGCCUGCCGACGCGCUCUACUUGAAAGGUCCGCAUAUUACAGCUAUCGACGUGAGAGGAUUGGAAACAGCUGUUUUAGGUUUGGAAUUUCGAGUUGCCAGCAAACACUUUAAAAGAGGCGACAUGAAGCUUAAAUGCUUGGCUACGAUAGCCGCUGUUUAUCUUCAAAGCAACGAGGAAAGCGUCGAAGGAGACGAACGAAUUUUGAAAGCUCCUGUAAUGGAGAGCCGCGAAACCAGAGCACAAAGUCAUAUUCGCAACGAUUUGAUCAGUGGAUGUUCAGCCAAAGUUUUGCUGAAAUGGAAAAUCCUCCUCAUCUUUAACAUAGGAAUCGUUUUUAUGCGAUAAUAACAAAAUUCACCGUCAACCCCCAGAGAUCCUGGCCAUCGAGGCGCGUCAAGUCGGAAAAUAUUAUAUUAUAGUAAUAUAAACGACACUGCGCCGAGAUACAUUUGUCAUUCCAUUGUAUUUAUCGUAUUCAAUCUUUAAUCCCACACAUACCAUUAUAUCUAUUAGUAUCAUUACAAUAUAUAUAUACUUAAUCGCGUGAGCAAAUACUUAACUUUGGCUCCGUGCGCGCUUCAUUGCGAUAAGUGGAAGUAAGUAUAAUAAUAUACUUACUUACGUACCUAUACGUUUUAGGCUCUAAAUGUAUUAACAUGCACGCGUGAAAAAUGAUAAAAAAAAAAAAAAAAAAAAAAAGGAAAAAAAAAGAGCGAUCGAAAUCCAUAUAUUCUCCUUCGACAUAUCUAAAGAAAAAAUAAUUCCUCUUUUCGUACCGCUGUUAAACGAUGGUCCAAACUAAAUCAUCGAAAUUAUAGGUACUUAUUUGUGUGCGUACCUGUAACCUGUAAUUAUUUUCUUUUCGUGUCAGUUCUUGGUUUUCCUCUAUACAAAUACCGUAUCGAUUCUAAUUCCUUUAUGCAAAUCUUAAAUAAUCGAAAAAAAGCAGUUGUUAAGUAACCACAUGAGAUGUAUUAUUAUAUCGAAAUCGUUUUAUCAUUCAUCUCGGAUAAGAAGAAACACAUAGAAAUACAAAUUAAUUCUAAGAUAGACGAUCUAUUGAAAUUCGUCUUAAGGAUUCAUUUGAAAAACGCGUAUAUAACAUAAUAACUUAUAAUAUUGUACUACGUGUCGAUCGUACUCUAUCGUUUAACAUCUUAUAUGACUUUUUCUAUGCGCAUCAUGAUUUAUCAUUUUGCAUUUGGUAAUAGCGACACAACAAAUGUUACUUACAUAAUAUGUUAGUGAGUAAGUAAUGAGAGAUAGCAGAAAUAUGAUAUUUAUAUGUGAUGUUGUAUUGUUUGUUAAAAUAAUAUAGAAGCGAAAUUUCGUAGGUCGAUUCCGCUGUUACGGUGCCGUUUUCUUAUGUAAUGUUUUUUUUUAUAUUAUCUUUCUAAGGACUAAAAAAGUCAAAUUCUUCUUUAAGACGAACGAAAAGGUCUUUAAUAAUAGAUUCGAUGUAUGAUAUUGCAUAUCGUACAAACUCUCCUCUGCUUCUCUCGUACGAAGCAGUUCGUUAAUAUCCCUAUAUAGAUAUAUAUGUUUUACUUUCUAAGUCUUCAUGUGCUCUUGUAAAUAUGUAAAUACUCUUCAUCGUUAUUAAAAAUUAUUCA